UCUCUCUUCCCCGGUGUGGGGGUGGGAAACGUAGGGGUGCAUUAAAUCCCUCCAACCAUCCCGUGGGGCAGCCUGCCGGAGGUUCAGCGUUGGGGAAAGGCAGGGAAGGAAUGCUUCUCGAAUGGUCGGCUUGCUUUCGGUCGAGGCACGGGGCGAGAGCGGAGGAAUGGUGAGGUGGGUGGGUAGGUGGUAGCUCUCCUGCCCUUUUUCUCGCUUUCCCUUUCCCCUCCGUUAUUUUUCUCUCUUGCUUGCCGCAAUCAUUUGAUCGAUUGCUUGAGAGAGAGAGAGAGAGAGAGAGAGGAGGGGAAUUUUGGGGAGGGAGGGAGACAUGCCGAGACCAGGGCCGAGACCAUACGAGUGUGUGAGGCGAGCCUGGCACAGCGAGAGGCACCAGCCCAUGAGAGGAUCUCUUAUCCAAGAAAUCUUCAGGGUGGCGAACGAGGUGCACAGCCCCUUCACCCGCAAGAACAAGGAAUGGCAGGAGAAGCUCCCCUUCGUUGUCCUCAAGGCCGAGGAGAUUAUGUACUCCAAAGCCAACUCUGAGGCAGAGUACAUGGACCUCAAGACGCUGCGGGACCGAGCCAACGACGCCAUCGACACCAUCAUUCGCAAGGAUGAAACUACGGAGAGCGGAGACCUCUUGCAGCCCUGCAUAGAAGCGGCACUCAAUCUGGGCUGCAUUCCUAGAAGAGCAUCGAGGAGCCAGCGCCACAGCAACCCCGGAUGCUAUUUAAGCUCUGCCGCCAAAGACGUGACAGCUGCCCCGCUUAAGCUCCCAGAUAACAGCAAGAACAACCGCAGCGGCAGCAACAGCAUGGCUCAGCUAGGAUCGUCUGGCCAUCUCUUGCCACCGCCGCCACCAUCGCCACCUCCUGACCAGGUUUCUGCUUCUCAGUUUGCAUCCUGGUGCUCCACCUUCUUAAAGCCCAUCGAUGUCAAUCCUGGCAUUCCCGAGGUCAAGUCCGCCAGUCCAGAUGCUUCUCACAAGCAUGAGGAUUCCUUCCCCAUUGCUAAUCCCGAGCUCCAUUACCCCUGGAAGCAUUCUCCACUCUCCUGCCAAGAUAGAAUGCCGAACCCGAUGGAUACCUCUGCCUGGCCGAGUUCGGUUCAUGUGUAUCCCUUGUACUACAGCCACAACCAGCCCAAAGCAGGUGGACGGCUGUCUCAUCGGAGGCCUCAGGAACCCCAUUGUAGCAUGGUUAGAGCCACGAUGCCUGGUGUUCUGCCCCCUGACGAGGCUGAGGCAGGCUACAUGCAGGACAUUCCUGGUAGCAGAAACGCCAUAGAUUCUUCGAAGCAAGUUUCAAACUUCAUAGAAGCACCGGAGGAGCCACCGCACACUGCUUGUGAUUUGUCGCUGCGUUUGGGGCGGCCUUCACCUCCCUCGUUGGGUGCGGAGCAUGCGUGGACCAAUGAGGUUGAGGAUGUGGGCUCAAGCAGUUCCUGUGACGGGGGCAAGUUCUAUGAUCCAUCUCCUAAAAGAACCAGAGCGUGGAGCUUGGAGAGUUCAUUUUCGCCUCCAAAAGAUAAUGGCUUUGAUUCCCCCCCAGUAGAAUCUACGGAUGAGCCAGCAGAGUCAUGCUCAAGUAAGUGGAGUUCAGAGGGCGAAGGCACAUUGUAUGUUGAGGCUUUUGAUAAGGGAAAGGCAACUGCCGGUGGUCCUUUCCAUGAUGGAUGCUUCUACCGGAGGCAAAAGAUUUCGACCAUCCAGCUAUCCAGCAGAACGGAGACACCAAACUCGUAGGACCUUAAAGUGGCGCUUCUUAUCAAUUAUCCCAAUAGAGAAGUAUCAAAAAAAAAAA